AUGAGUUUUUCUAUUUAUGAACUAGAUGAGAAUAUAAAGAAACUACUAACGGUAGACAACUACCUCAAUGGGUUGUCGGUCAACGAUUUUAUUGAAGAAAUCAGUAAAGAUCAUUUUCUUAAAGGUGCUGAAGUCAACAACAAGGCGUACCUUGAUCCCAAGCCAUACAUCAGAACUUUUGAAAGUACUUUGAGAGAAUUGAAACAAUUACAAGCAGAGGCCAAUGAACAGCGAGUAAAGAAUGAGAGACAAGUGGACUCGUAUGAGUUGAAACAUUCGGAGAACGUUUUGGAGUUGAACCAACAAAUUGACGAGGCGACCAAGAAAUUUGAUAUAUUGGACACCCAGAUCCUGGACGUUUCUACGAGGAUUAAUCCAUUAGGGAAUACGUUGAAUAAAAUUACCAAUUCUCGAGAUCGAUCGUUGGAGACUAUUUUCUUGAUUCGUGCGUACCAUGGGUUCUUUAUGAAAGAGCAAUACUUGCCGUUGGAGACAUUGAAGAAUAGCAAAAAGCUUGACGAUAAGUUGAAGUGUGCCAAGACAGUUAGGAAUUUGCUCAAUUUGGCCAAAAAAGUAUCUGACGAGAAACUGUCGAAAUCAAUGAAAUGUAUAACCACAAUUGAACAAUUUGGAGAGACUAUGGAAAAGGAGUUACUCCGGAAGUUUGAGAUUGCUUCUGAAGAUGAGGACGAUAUUGAUUUUGAUAUGAUGAACCAGAUUGCCCAGAUAUUGUUUGAGUAUAACGAAGGGAUAAAUGUGAUUCAGACGUUUGUUAUUAAGAAUGAUAUUGUUAUUGAGAAUGAGGAAAAGUCGUUGGACGAACAAGAGUGGGCGUUGUUGGCGGAUUCGCGGAGGUCAGAUUUCAAAAUCGACGAGCAGGCAACAUUUGAUACUUUAAAGUUUGAAAUCAAGUCACGAGCAAGAAUUAGUAAGAAAGUGUUUGCUGACCCAACGCCUGUUAUCAAGAUAUUUAUCCAGAGAAUGUAUGCCCAGAUUAUUAGGAACAAGGUGACAUCGUUGUUGCAGAAAUCGUUGUCGGUGAGCCCCUUGGCGCACGUGAGGGUGUUGCAUUCGUUGUACACGUUAGUUGGAGAUUUCACUGAGCAAAUUAAGGAUUACUUGACCACUGAAGAGUUGGAUAAGGAUCAGGAACUUUCGGCCAUUCUUGACCAGUCACACAGCGACUUGUUUGUUGAGUAUAUUGGGGACAAUGUAUAUUUCAACCGCGAAAAGAAGAACCUCGAAGAGACUAUUUAUGGGAUCAUUCACCAAUUCAACACUGCCAACGAGAAUAUAAUUGCCAAUAAGAGCUUGGCUGCGCGUUUGGAGAAUCUCGACAAUGUCCAGAAACCCGAAAAGGAUAGGUUUAGUUUUGCUUCAGAGAAAAAGAGAAUGAACCAGUUUAAGCAGUAUGUCACUGCCAAGCUUAAGGACCGCACGAGAAACUCUGAGCCUGAACCGACAUUUAUGGAGUGCAAGUCGUUGAAUGUUGGCAAUGUUGAGACUGUGCUCAAAUCGGUGAUUGAGUCUGUGGCUAGGUUGUUGGAGUUGGUGCCUACCAAGUCAGCCGAUUAUGCUUUGGAGGUGUUGGAGAUUUUGAUUAUUGAUUUCGGUAAGCUUUAUAUUGGUGCUGGGCUUGAGGUUGUGUAUGAUGAGUGCAAGAAGAAUGCGAGUUUGGAUUACUUGUCGUCGUUCAACACUAUUAGUGAGUUGUUGUUCCUAAUGUCGUCGUGCAUCAAGAGGAUUAUCUUGCCAAUUGCCACAAAUAUCCCCAGCAUAAAGACAAGAAUGAGUAAUAUGGUCAAUGGGUUUGUUGCUCAGUGUGAAAUCUCCUUGAAUGUUAUUCUUAACGAUACGUUAGACCAUUUUCGAGUCAAGCUUCAGUCGCAGUUGGCCAAGCAAAAGAAGAGGGAUUUUAAUUGCAACAAUAUUGAAGACGACACUGAAGCAUGUGAGCUUGUGAGCAACUAUUUGGUGGAAAUACAUAGUAGUAUCGUGUCGGCGAUGAAUGGGGCCAAUCUCGAAAAGAUAUUGAUCAAGAUCGGGAUGGAGGUGUUGCACCAGUUGUUGGAGCACUACAAAAAGUUUACUGUCAAUUCUAUAGGGGGGAUUGUGCUCACCAAGGAUGUUAUUCGGUACCAGUCGGUGAUUGACGGGUGGAAAAUCCCUGAAUUGUCGGAGCAGUUUCAAAUAUUGAGAGAGAUUGGCAAUUUGUUUACGGUGCAGACCGAUUUGGUAAACUCGUUGGUCACAGAAGGUCAAUUGGCCAAUAUGAAGCCAUACACGGUGAGACAAUACAUUACCAAAAGAGCAGAUUUCAAUCCAAGCUAUGCAGAUAAAUUUUUCAAGUUCAAAUAG